UGUUUUUUGUUUAUCAUGGAGGGGCGAGGCAGUGCGGUCAAUACUCCCGCCUGCAGGCCUGUUACUCGUAGAAGCAAGAGUUACGGUAGGAGCUGUGUGGAAGCACCGUCAUAUUUCUGGCAGACACCAGGACAUUUAACAGUCCUGAGGGUCCCAACCAGCAGAGGGGCUGCCAAAUCCCAAAUAAUCACAGAUAAGGUCGACCCGGAGCACAUUGCUCUUUUGGUGAAAAAUGAGUGGAAGCUGUCUUAUGUCUCCCCCUUGCAUGGCUUUAGACACACACAACUGAAGUCAUAUUCGAAACAUCUCUCAGCCUUCAUUGUGGCAGAGAAACGGCAAGGAGUUGCAGUUGAAGUGGGUUUAGAGGUGGGAUUCACUGUCACGUUUACUGCAUUGCUCGGAAUGGCCGGGACCGAGGAGGAUGCUGAGACGGUUUUCAUUCAGAUCCAAUCCAAGCCUGUGUUUGCUGCUUCAGGAGACGCACCAAAAGUGGUGUGGCGUGGUUGGCUCACGUGUGUCAACGGUGACCCGGAGUACCUGAGGUCUCUGCCUCCUGACUUCGUCAGCCUCCCUCUGUUUUGCACGAGUGGACCGGAAUCUCUAACGUCCCUGGUGAAGUCAUGGUUCGAGAGAGCUUUUGAUUGUAACUUUGGUCCUUUGGGUUUAAAUUCCACCACUCUCAAUUGGCUGGCUGCUCUGUGGACUGGCUGCCACCCCACCUGUAAUAUCAGGUAUCUGAAGUUGGCCUGGAGGAUGCCAACACAGCCGCCCUUGGAUGUCUCGUAUACUGUAAACCCACAGGAUGCGUGGGGGCUCUGGAACGGCAUUCACCCAGAGGAAAGUAGAGAUGACAGGAUUGAUAUCAAGGAGGUGCAGUCGUUCAUGAAUGGGCUGGAGACUCAUUUUUUCAGACAUUUUAAGAUGUACCUGUCUGCUGGGAUACUUUUAAAGGUGUCCACUGCUCUCGGAUCAGUACAUCUUGAUGGGAAAAUUAAGAUCGGAAACAGUGAAUACAUCACAACCUUACUAACGCUGCUGACAGAAUGAGCCCUUCUGAAAAUGCCAACUUAAGAUCUGCAGUAUAUUUUAGAUUUGUACAUUUUUCUUUCUCGCUCUCUUUUUUAUUUGUACAUCAUUCACAUAAGGCCCGCUAUCUUUUUUAAAGCUUGCUUUCUAAAUUCCAUUUAUUUUUUUUAAAUGCGUUGUAAAAUAUGUAUAUGUUUUUUCCAGCUUUUAAAAUCUCUUGUUUUUCUUUUUUUCAAAUGGCUGUUUUAUCAACUGCAUGUAUAGGAUUUCAUAAAUAGUUAGACAAAGUAAUUGGCAUUUAUGUCUGUUUAGGAAUGAACUAUAUUGCAACAUGUAAAAAUGGCAUACAGGCAUUUAAAUCCCUGAACACUUAAGAGAGUAAUCUUGUGAUCUUCAUUUAAUAGAUUAUUCAAUGCCUUUUUGAUUCAUUAACUCACUGGCACAAAAUUAUUUCAGUAAGGCAUUUGAGAUGAUCCUAUAAAGGUUUUGUGGUAAUGGCAACAUGUUAGUGUUUGAAUCAAACCGUCUAAAGAUAUGUUAUAGAAAUGUAUAUAGGAUCUACAAGCAUGAGUUUAUUUAGUAACUGGUUUGCAGUUUGUAUGUCCAAAACACAAAAUUGACCUUUUAAAUAAGUAUCACCUAGGAUAUGUGUAAAAAUGCAAUUUAAUUAAAGGCAUAAACCUUAUUUACAUUCUUCUUUGAUUUUCAACAAUCCUUCAUGGGAAAAAUAAAGACACUUUGAUUACAUGCUUUAGUUAUUUACAACUGAUGGGCGUAUACACCUCAUGGUAUACAUUUCUUUUUUUAGCAAUACAACAGGUUUUUUCUUGUUUUUUAUUUUCAUGUUCAUCAUUAUGAAAUGUAUAGACAAUUGGUGAAAAUCUUUAAAAUUAAAUAAGGUAAGAUCCUGAAACCAGAUUUUAACACUAUGCUUAGAGCACAUUGUAACUGUCGCAGGGGGAAAAUACAUAACUUGUCAAUUUAAUAAGGGGUGCUCAUUUAAAAAGUAUAGAAUUGACAAAGUGGGCAGUUUUUCCACUUCCAAAAGGCCACUACAGCAACCUCUUCCUAAAUUUCAGAUUAAGAAAAAAUGAAACCGUUUCACCUUGGAUCCUCAACAAUAAAGAACAAAAUGCAUAAAACAAUACAUCCAACAAUAUUUUUAGAGAAAAUCUUGUGGAUUAAAGUGCAUGGACUGAUUCAUUGAUGCAUUCAGUUAUAUAAAAGUAAACAAAUUGAUAAUAUGUCAAACUUGUUUUAGACUGCUUUAGAAAUAACUUAUUUACCGCAACGCCUUCAUUUUAUGGGAGCGACUGCAUUUUCAGCACAAGAAAAAUGUAAGAUCAACCAAUCCACUUGCAUCUGGUAAGAAUGCAGAGGAACAGAUAACACGCAGUGUACAACUCAAAAUACGACAUCAAACAACUUAAAGAAAUGGUAAAGCUAUCACAGUGCAUCCAAUUCAUAAAACAAGAAUAUCAAUCGUACAAACACUCAUUCAGAAGAACAAGCAGCGUUCACGCAACUCCCCGGUAAUGUUUCAGCUAUCUGUAGUUAGUCUUCAAUCAAGUCAAGUUGCCCAGUGAAGACCUACUUCCUUCCAGGAAAAUAAAUGUUCAGUUUGACCUCCACGUGGCUUUGUAACAGAAGUAAAUGAACUCUUGCGUUUCCGCCUGUUGUUUUUCUUUUCUCUCCAAUAAGAUGACUUUGGCUACACUCAAGUAUGAAAGAGAAA